CUGGUAUUGGCUUCCCAACUUCUGUAACUUUUUAUUUGAAAUCAGUACGUUGCUAUAAAGUAUUCAGUGCGUCUACUUUCAUAGUGGCUAUACAUGUUGCUUUAUACCCCAAAAGCAGGCCCAUCAACCAUUUAAUUCUUCAUAGAUCUCGGCCUUUUAAGAAAAUUAACACUCUCUUUGUCUCUUUACGUACAAAACUGUAAAUUAAAGCUUUUAUAAUCGAAAAAUGUCGAAGUCCGACAUUACCGAAUCAAGUCUCAUCCACAAGGUUGAAGAACCCCAUUAGAGCAGGUUCAUAAGAAGUGUCAGAUGGAAGAAACCAUAAGAGCAGCUUCACAAGAAGUGUCUAACGAAUUCAAAACUCUUGUUAAAGUAGAAGAUUUGAAUUCUCUUAGACAUUUGCAGCAUCUCAUGUAUGUAAGCUUUUGAAGUUUCUCAUUUUUGUCCUAAAAUUGGUAUCAAUUAGUAAUCUUGGUCUAAGACUCUCUCAAGCUUAAUCUAGUUAGAUAAAGUGAUAACAAUUGAUGAAAAACUGGUGGAAUCUAAUCUAGCGUCUUAACAUUGAUCACACUAGACUCCACCGAUGUGAGUUCGUUAUAUGCGGUUGCGGUUAAUGGUUACGGUGUUUAUAGGUGGUGACAAGUCUUUUGUUUGAAUCUUUUUCAUCUUUUUAUAUCUUGGUGACUUGGUUUAUGUGAAGAACUUGAUAUGUUGCGCCUCUGUCUUAGAUUGGGGAGGCUACAGGAUAGCAAUGCAGUUCUCUCCCAUUACAACGAAUUUGCAGAGAAUUGCUUUAGUGAUGUAUCAUUGGAAUUCGCUAGAAGUACCCGUCUUUUGAAGUCGAUGAAAGCAGACCUCGAUUACAUCUUCUUGAAACUAAGGAGCAUUAAAAGUAAGAUUCUGGCUACGUAUCCAGACGCAUUUCCAGAUGAUUCUACUAGUGAUGCUUUUGAUCGACGGCCCGAUCUCGAGUUGCCUCAAUAAGCAUUCAGAACACUCAGAUGUGUAUGCUUCUCGACCAUAGAAACCUCAAUGAUAAUCUGGAGGCUUUUUUUUGUUUGCUUCACUUGACAGAGAAAUAUUAGUUUUUUUUCCUUUCCUAGAUAGGUUUCAUUUCAAGUUUCAUCAUGUGUAUUACUUGAUGUGUUCUUACUUCUUACAUAUCGUCUAUAUAUUAAGAGAUUUGUUGGAGAAGGAUAUAUUAACAAGUUGUAUAGUGGUUAAGGGUUUGAUUGUUUAACACCGUAUGCUUAGAGUUGAAAAUUUUGACCGUAGAAUUAUAUGUACUGCCCAUGUUUAUUAGCUUUUUUGAAAAAAUCAUUCGGAAAAUUGUUAAUAUUUUACUUUGUUCCCGAUCAUGCCUUCUCACAAUCUUUUUGUGUUCAUAAAACCCGUUUUCGGAAUUUUUUUGCAAACAGAAAAAAAGUAUUGGCCAAUUUUGUAAAUCUUUAAAAUUUAAAAGACAAGUAAAAUCAAAUUGUCAUGUAAGUUUUGCUCCACAAUAAUCCAUAAUCUCCAAAUUAGUUUCAUACACACAUUAAUCGGAAAAAGAUUAAAAAUACUCUAAAAAUAACAAAAAAAAACUCUAAAAGCAAUACUUAUAUCAUAGGUUAAAAACCAUCCUAUAUCAACUACUACAGCCUUAGUUUUUGUUUACCCUCACGCAAAAACAAAAACCGAACCAUGAUGACUUAAUCUUUUUCAACACAUUUUUUUUUGGUAAAGUUGUGCUUGUAUCAUAGGAAAAAUAUCUUCAACAUUAUUCCAAUCUUUUGUGUGAUUAUUUCAUAAAGAGAGUAAAAUAUGGGAUAAAUCCCUUUACUCAACAGGAAAUCAUCUCAAUCUUUUUUUAUAUAUAUUGAAUAAGGGAGAUGAGUACCAUCACUUUUCACAUUGGCUCUUUUAUCAUGUAUGAAUGACGAGUCAAAUUCUUUAAAUACUAACUAUAUUGAUGAGGUAAAAGGAAGAGCGCAUAAAUUAGUCCAGACCUUUAUGGAUUAUGUUGGAAACAUGGUCAUCCUUUGGUCUAUCAGUUAGCCGUCUAGAUUUUUCAUUAGUCAGAUUUGAAUGAAUUUGUAGCAUUACUCAACCAUUCAAUAAUCUAGAGAAAAAGAUCAUAAUUUCCAACAAAAAUUUAUGACUCAAAAAACGAAUCAAAAGAAAAAUAAUGACUCUCUAAAAGAAGAAAAGAAAAUAGUCAGUAACUUUCUCUCCUAGACUUAAACGUUACUAUCUCGAGGCUUGGUUUAUUAAUAGCACGGUUGGUAAAAAAAAUUCCUAAUUAACAAAAGAAAAUUGAUUGUCGACGAUUGAUUGGAUGGGUGUCACCUAAUAUGGGUUGGUACAAACUCAACACUGAUUGUGCAUUUCGAGGAAAUCCGGACCUAGCAUGUGCAGGUGGCGUGUUGAGAAAUAGUGAUGGGGAAUGGUGUGGUGGUUUUACCGUUAAUAUUGGGUGAUGUUCAGCACCACUAGCCGCUGAGAUGUAGAAGGUCUCCUAGAUCUAGAAAAGGAGUCAGAGAUGGUGACUGGGUUUCUGAAGACAAGGUAGUUCUUGGUGCAUUAGUGUCAUGGUUUUCUUGUAAAGGAUUAUACAGUCCGGAUUUCUCACGUGUAUAGGAAGGCUAAACGUCUAGCGGAUGGGUUAGCAAACUAUGUGUUUUCUAUACUUUUAGGAUUUCAUGUUUUUGUUUCUGAUUCCCAUUUGUUGAAACGAAUAUAAGGGAUGACGUUAAUGGUACUACGUGUCCAAGACGAAUCCAUUUGUAAUUUGUUUUCUAUUUUGAUUAAUAAAUUUUGCGAGUUUUUCGGAAUACUUACCUUUUAUUUUGUAAUUUUGGUGCUUUUUGUAUGUUUUUUCAAUUAAAUAUUUGUUAUACCAACAUAACAUAACUAAGGAAAAUAUGAGAUUAUAAUGGUGCAGCAAAGGCAUGGGGUUCUUCACAACUGAAUAAUACAGUCUCUCCUUUGAUAGCUGAAACUAAAGCUCUAUCAGUAGCAAUGCAACAAGCUUGGUGUCGUGUUUCUCAAAUGUAAUAUUCGAGGGAGAUUGUGAAGUUCUCAUCAACACUAUAAGAGAUGCACAUCAAAGAAGGGAGAUCACUAAUUUGUUACAGGACAUCCAAUUAUGGACAACAAAAUUUUCCUCGGUUCUCUUUGUUUUUAUUAAACGAUCUUGUAAUAGCAUAGCAUUAUUUAGGAAAAUUAAAUAAUUCUCAAGAUUCUUUCUUCUCUGCUUCUGUAAAUCCGCCAUUAUGGCUAAAUGAACUGUUGUAUAAAGACCUUUCAAAUUAAUAUAAGUGAUGUUUGACAGAGAGAAAAACAACAACCAUGUCUCUAUUAUGUAAUGGGCACUUAGAUAGAUCAAUUGAUUGUAAAUUUAAAUUGUACCACACGGUAAAAUUUUCUAUGAAGAAAAUGCUUAUAUUAAAGGAAAAUAUAUUAGAAGCAUCUUCUAAAGCGGUAUAAAGUCUUGUUGAACAAAAAAGUAGAAUAUAGGUGUUAAGAAAGGAAAAAAUAACAAAACUAGAACAAUUUUUCUAAUUUAUUUUCAAAUCUACCACAUUUACCUUCACCUUUUCAUCUAUACCGCAUUUGGCUUGUAUAUUGUCUAUUUUAUCCUCACUGUCUCUUUCUUUUUUCUAUCUCUCUUUCUCUCUUUUUUUUUGUUUACUUCUUUAUUUCAUUCACAAUCCAAUUUUUUUUGUCUCUUUCUUGUUUCAUAUGAUUUUUUCAAAACACAAAAUCUAAAUUUGAUUUACUGAAAAUGUUUUUUCUCUCACGUCAUGUCCAUGUUCCUAACUAGAUUCCAAAUUUAAUCCUUGAUUCAUUGUUUCUACUACUACUUCUCUCUUGAUUUUUUGAAAACUAGUGAUUAUCUAUUUCGAUUUUUGUUGUUGUUCCUAGAAGUGUCAAUUGGGCUGUCCA